AUGUCCUCCGACGCUUCUCAACGUAAACUCAAGAUCCUUAUGAUCCACGGCUACACACAAAACGGGCCCCUCUUCCACGCAAAAACCCGUGCUCUAGAGAAGAACUUGGAUAAAGCAUUCCCCGCCGCUCCUAAACCUGGACAUCUACCGUCAUUUCCCGGAGGCGUGGAACUCGUGUACCCAACGGCACCUCUAAAGUUGUCUGUCAACGAUAUACCCGGCUACGAUGUGGAUGGCGCAAAAGGCGACAACGAAGAACCAGAAGCCUAUGCAUGGUGGAGGAGAAAGGGCGAUGGAGAGCCAUUCCGCUACGAAGGGCUUGAGCAAGGGUUCGAGCGCAUAGCUUCCGUGAUCAAAGAGCAAGGACCUUUCGACGGCGCAAUUGGCUUCAGUCAAGGUGGUGCUGCAGCUGGUAUGCUCGCCUCCUUGUUAGAAGCAGGAAGAAGAGAUGCAUUCGAGAAGCAACAGCCAAACGGCGGCAUGCGCUAUCCUGAAAGCUUUGAGAGCGAUACUGGAUUCAUGACGGACGUGAUCCAAGAGCCGCUGAAGUUCGCUGUGAGCUACAGUGGGUUCGGUGCUGCCCCGAAUGAGCUGUACACUGCAUUCUAUGAGCCAAAGAUCAAAACGCCCAUGUUGCACUUCAUCGGCAGUGUAGAUACGGUCGUUGAAGAGUCGAGGAGUCUGCGUCUGGUAGAUGCCUGUGUUACAGGCAGAGGUGUCGAAGGUGGUGUGGCUAGACUGGUAUACCACCCUGGUGGUCAUUUCUUGCCCAGCAGCCAGAAACAGUACGUGGCAGCGCUGGUAGCAUUCAUCCGAGAAGUCGUUGGUGGUCCGCCAGAAGAUUCAUUAGAGAACAAGAAGGAGGACAAGGCCGAGGAUAUGGACAUGCCAUUUUGA